AUGUGUGACUUACCAUCUAAAGAUAUCAACUCUGAUCUACGGCAAGUACUACAAGCGAUACAGAAACAUACCAAAAUUCAAGAACAGAUCCGAAUAUUAACACAACAAGCAAGAGAAAAGAACGAACGCCUCGCUAAAGAAAUCAAACUGGGAAAACAAGCAAUUGGCGAAAUAAAUCCAGUUCUUACAAGUAAAAAAAUAAUUAAGACCAAAAAUUCUAAAUCUGUCACGGAGACCACAAAGAAAACCGUGAAAUCGGGAAAAAAGGAUGGUAUACCUGCAGCGAGCACAUCCCAAACGACAUUUGAUCCUAAAAGCGAUAGCAAUGGCGGAGACCAAUACUACAACGAACCACAACACCAGAUUAUGUUAUCAACGGAAGAUGCAAUAAGAGAUAUACUAACUUUAUUCGGUGACGAUGAAGUUGGAGUGGAAGAGUUCAUAACAGAAUUGCAUCCUUGGACACCCUCUUCGACACAUCCUUCGACACCCUCUUCGACACAUCCUUGGACACCUUCUUCGACACAUUCUUGGACGCCUUCUUCGACACCUUCCUCAACACAUUCUCGGACACCAUCUCCGACACAUCCUUGGGCUCCCUCGCCGACACAUUCUUGGACAUCACCAACACCUCCUUCGACACCUCCGACACCUCUUCCGACACCUCCUUCGACACCUCCUUCGCCUCCCUCUUCGACUCCCUCAUCAACUCCCUUAUCGACUCCCUCCUCGACUCCUCCUUCGACAACCUCGCCGACGCUCUCUUUGACACACACUUCGACCCCCUCUUCGACUCCCUCCUCGACUCCCUCGAGUCCUUCUUCGACCCCUCUUCGACACCCCCUUCGAAAACUUCUCCGACAUCCUCUUCGACACCCCCUCCAACACCCCCUCCAACACCCCCUUCAACGGCAACCACAUUCGCAUCGUCAUUAUCUGAGCAUAACCUUAACCAACGCCACUAAACAUCUUCGAUCUGUUACAAAGCGUCACAAAGCGUUCCAGAUCAAGAAUAUCGUAUCGGAGAAUCAUUAUCCGGAACAGAAUGUGAAACACCACCGCCGCCGCCUCCGAGAUGGAUCAUAUCUGCAAUUGGCCCGAAUCAGAAUCUCCGCGUUAAGCCGAAACAAAGAUGAGACCGAGAACGAACUUGCAAGGUUCUGAUAUCUUGGAGUCGCAUUAUCGAAGGCCUGCUGGAGGGCUAUGAACAAGCUAUCGGACUACGGAGAUAUUUGGAACACUACAGAGCAGUCGAGCCAUUCCACCUGACCCUCCCAACGGCGAACUCGCCACGAAGGACGAAGCAGCGCAUUCCUUGCACAGUGCCAGCAUGGUGACACCUCCAAGGAACAAACUAAGCCUAAUGCUGGUCAAUUCAGAGCGCAACUGUUCUCCUGAAACCAGAGUCCAAGCAGGACAGUCCGUUUGAUGCGGAACCAGCGGUUGCUGAAGCACAUAACGCAGCGAUAAUAUCAACUUAAGAACAAUCCAUCACCAAAUAAACAUUGACACAGUGAACCACGAUGACUACAAACGCCAGGAGCUAUAAAUUUUAAUCAACUGGAUCCAAACGUCACUAUAUAGCGGCCCCUUCUCCUAAGAAGGGAAGUUUGUUUAUCUUUAAACUUAACAAACCAAAACAAGGUUGUUACUCCAAGGAACAACGAUACGAGUCUCUCCUGAUUCCAGUUGAUCCCGAGAUCGAUCUUCGACGUCAACUGUUAAUUGUGACGAAAUUCAGUUAAAUGGAAAGCUCCAUGUAGUUGUAACAGGAACAAAAAAGUAUUAUAAGGUAUGUUCUUUCCGAAAUAAAGCAGGAGAAAGA